AAGAGAAAGUGAAACGGUAGCCUAAAACUCAGGGAAGUAGGCUAUAAUAUCCACCAUCAUCGUCUCUUAUUCACAUUUGCCCUCCGUUCCGCAAAAUAGAGGGGCAUUUCAUUGAUUCCAGAUAGGAAAGUUAGUGCUUUUGUGUGUUGUUUUAUUUUUUUAACAUUAUUUAAUAAGGUAUAGCUAUGUCCCGGGGUUCGAAUGCUGGGUUUGAUCGACACAUUACAAUUUUUUCACCCGAAGGCCGCCUUUAUCAAGUCGAGUAUGCCUUCAAAGCCAUCGCCCAGAGUGGUCUGACAUCAGUGGGCUUAAGGGGGAAAGAUUGCUCCGUGGUUAUCACACAGAAGAAAGUUCCGGACAAGCUCCUUGAUGCGUCCACCCUGACCAACAUGUACCGCCUGACCCCCCGCAUUGGCUGUGUGAUGACGGGACACUGCGCCGAUAGCCGGUCCCAGGUGCACCGGGCGCGGGUAGAGGCAGCUGAGUACAAGUACAAGUUUGGCUAUGACAUCACGGCAGACAUGCUGUGUCGCAGACUGGCGGACAUCUCGCAGGUCUACACGCAGAAUGCCGAGAUGAGACCCCUGGGCUGCUGUAUGACCCUAAUUGCGGUAGACCCAAAGUUUGGCCCCGUGCUGUACAAGUGUGACCCAGCUGGCUAUUUCUGUGGCUUCCGGGCCACCAGUGUUGGCGCCAAGCAGACGGAGGCCAACAGCUACCUGGAGAAGAAGCUGAAGAAGAAGCCAGACCUUUCCUAUGACAAGACUGUGGAGAUGGCCAUCUCCUGCCUAUCCUCAGUCCUGUCGCUGGACUUCAAGUCCAGUGAGCUAGAGGUGGGUGUGGUCACCAAAGACAGCCCCAAGUUCAGGACACUCACGGAAGCGGAGAUUGAAGUGCAUUUGGUGGCCAUCGCCGAGAGGGAAUAGACGCACACUCUUAUCAGACAGAGACACAGACAGACUGACAGGCAGACAAUAGCAGAUUUUACAUAGGAGAUGUUUUUAAUGGUUUAAGCCCCUGGUCUAUCAGUCCAAUUUGUAUAUUCUGGCUGCUGUAACGUCAUCUGGAGUUUCAUACACACAAUAUCCCUAUGACACUUCAUCUCAACUUGCAUAAAAGUCAGUACCGUGAUUUUCAUAUCGUGUGGAUAUUGAAUAAAGGAGUUAAUUUUGAA